AUGUCUUCUUCCAGCGGCAAUUCCGGGAAUCAAGCAACCCCAAGUUCCCCCGAUGUCACCUGGAUGGGUACGACGUUUGGAACCGGAUUUUCGCCCCAAGGAUUCCUCCGAUACAACCGGAUUCAUCAGGACCUAGCCGAAGGACAAGGCGAUAAUCGUCGGGAACUUGUAGAUCCCAGAUUGCGAACACCUGAAAGCGAAGGAAACUCCCGCGAUUCAUCUCCAGAUAUAAUAAUUAUUGCUUCCAACCGCGGUAACAACCACACGCCCAACGUUCAAGGCAACCAUCCCAGCCCCCGAGCUCAACGAGAAUUAGAGCGAUUGGAGGAGUAUCAACGCCGACAAAGAACCAAACAAGAAAUGUGA